AUGAGCAGCAACAAGAUUGUGGUGAGUGGAGUGCGGAGGCUGAGCACCAUCUCUGAGCACGACCCAGACAAGGUAGAUACUGACCUCAGCUCUCAGGAUCCCAUGGGAGGCCGGGAGUGGGGCGGAUCCAGUUUCUCACUGUGUUCCAACAAGCACAUCAACAACAGUAGCGAUCACUUCUCCUCCUUCGAAUCCCAUCAGCCUGACACCGGGGAUGAUUGUGCUGCCAUUCUGCUGGCCUGCCUCUACUGCCGGUUCUAUGACAUCGUAGUCAUGGUGCCAGACACAUGUGAGAGAGCUGUAAGCCGCUGUUUCCCCUCGUUCAAAUACCUCAACGCGUCCAGGGAGCAGGAGCGGGCCAGUGGCUGGUGCAACUGCAGUGUAGAACUGGACUGCAGCUGCUGCAACUCCUGUCAAGAGGGAGCCGAGUUACUGGAACUCGCCAUGGAGAUCUCUGAAGUCUGCUACCGAUGA